AUGAGUUUGAUUCCAGAUAUCGACAAAGUAAUCAGGGAGACACAACAAACUCCCUUCUCAUCCAGGAUCGCUAACACCUGUCUGCGCGAUACUUACAAGCUACGUAUCCCAGAAUACUCUGGUAACAGCGAUCCACGAGCUUAUAUUCGAGCUCUUUAUCUCGAAAUACUUCGAGCUCAGUUUUCUCCCGAAGAGAUAGAAGCAGCUUGCUGCCAACUCUUUGUUGAAAACCUAGCCGGACCAGCUAAAAAAUGGUUUGAAACGCUGGAUGAAAAAUCAAUAGAUAAUUUCGACCAGCUGAUUUCGGCAUUCGUAAACCAAUAUUCGAUCUUCAUCGAAUCAGAAGUUUCGGAAGCCGAUCUCUGGAAGCUUUCUCAAGCUCCAAACGAAUCACUUCGAUCCUACGUCAAUAGAUUCAAAGCAAUCAUUGCUAAGAUCGAAAACCCUAACGAGGCAGUAGCUCUACUAGCCUUCCGAAACAACCUGUGGUACAAAUCAAAAUUCAGAGAAGAACUAAUCGUUCGACCUCCUAAAGACAUCGCAAAGAAGAUUACCGCAACACUCUCUUUCAUUGCGAACUCAGUUCUCAAACCGAACCCGAGUUCCGAUUUAGAGAAGUUCUGCGAACAUCACCAAAUCUACGGCCAUUCCACCGACGAAUGCCGAGCUAGAGCUAAGGAAUUAGCUAAAAAGCAGAGAGCUGAGGAAAAAUGGAAAAACCAAUCAGCCCUCAUCAACGAUAACGACAAAGCACCCCGAAAAAGGGAACGCGAGUCGGAAUCAUCUCCCAAGAAUCACCUCUUUCACAUAAGAAGCGAUUCGACUCGACCCGGUGUUCAGAGAGCUCAGCUCACGCCGCAGCUCAAUGACCCUGCGGUCACCCGCCGCCCGCACCAAAAAGAUAGCGAGCUCUAG